AUGACUAAGAAAACUACGACUUGGUAUCGAGUUAACGUGCGAGAUGAGACUGCAGUAGGCGAGCACCCGGGUGUGCACAUUCGCCUUGAGAAUGGGCGGACGGUGCAAGUCCAAAUCAUGGCUCCUGCAGGUACAACAUGCUUCCCGAGUCCGCCAUGGCGGAGAAAACAUGAUAUGCGGGAGACGAACUUAGCCAGGGAUGAGGUUCUCGGGGAUUAUCACGCCUCCUGCAAUCUUCUCGUCCGCGAUCCCUUGUUCAUAUCGAUUGAAGCAGGCUUCUGUCAGGUUUCUGGAAGACCAGCCAAGAUGCAUGGUGCGCGGCACGGCAAAAAGGGUGCCGGGUCUGUUUCUGCACGCAGGAGGCGAAUGGUCCCGAUCUUGGAUGCGGCUCGUGUAGCUACGGCUCUUGUAGAAUAUGCUCGUUUCCCCUUGUUCUUCGAUAAAAGGGUGACAGAAAACGGCAAAAACUCGUAUAGCGAGUUGCUCCUACGGCAUUGUGCACCUCAUGAUGAGACCUGUCACCGCGUGCAAAUUCCAUCUGCCGACAAGGUUUUGGAGAAGAGGAGAAGGAGAAACCUCGUUUCACCGAGGAGACACACACAUACAAGCUUUGAGUUAAUUCUGUAUGGCUGGCUGGGUGCAGUGGCGGCCUGGAUAGAUCGCAUCACGAAACCUGGCGCUAUUCCCAACUCCAUGAAUAGGGAUCUGGAGAGCGUGAGGCCAGGAGCGCUUGUCCAAAGACUGCUGAGUCUCGAUAUCGAAGGAAGUUGA